AGCUAAAAAACCCCUUCUAAAACCAAUAUGAAAGCAAGCAAGUCCCUCUUAGAAAAUUCUUGACCAAGCUCCCCUGCAGCAGCACAGGCACUAUAUCACCAAGCCAAGAGCAUGUUUUAGCUCUUCAAAAACAAUAAUUAAACUCCAUAGCCAAGAGCUACAUGUCCCAUUCCAUUCCCACCUGCAUAUGAACUCAACACCUAUAAUUUCCCUUUCUCAGCUUCAAAAAAAUCUGAAAAUUGAAAACACAACAUGCUUAUGCCUAGACUGAUCCACAAACUCACACUACUCUUCCUCUUUCUCUCGUUAACCACCGCUACUAUCACUCAGCAAUUCAAAGAAGCCCCCCAGUUUUACAACUCCCCUGAUUGCCAUUCAAUUGAUCAAGAUGGAAUAGACUCCGACUCAGAAUCAGAUGGUGAUAAAACCAUCUUCUGCUCCGAGCACGCCGUCCACGUGGCAAUGACAUUAGACACAGCCUACAUCCGCGGAUCCAUGGCAGCAAUUCUCUCAGUUUUGCAACACACUUCCUGUCCCCAAAACAUAGCUUUCCAUUUCGUCGCCUCUGCCUCAGCGAACACGUCACUCUUACGCGCCACCAUCUCAUCCUCCUUCCCUUACCUCAAUUUCCGUGUCUAUACUUUCGACGAUUCAUCGGUGUCGAGACUCAUCUCUACAUCAAUCCGUUCAGCUCUCGAUUGCCCUCUGAAUUACGCUCGCAGCUACUUAGCCAAUAUCAUACCUCUGUGCGUCCGACGAGUUGUAUACCUUGACUCGGACCUGGUUCUUGUCGAUGACAUUGCCAAGCUAGCAGCUACCCCGCUUGGUGAACAAUCAGUUCUUGCAGCACCUGAAUACUGCAAUGCAAAUUUCACUUCAUAUUUCACUCCGACUUUCUGGUCCAAUCCUUCUUUAUCACUAACAUUCGCGGAUAGAAAACCUUGCUACUUUAACACUGGUGUCAUGGUAAUCGAUCUUGAUCGAUGGAGGGAAGGAGAUUAUACAACAAAGAUUGAAGAAUGGAUGGAACUACAGAAGAGAAUAAGAAUUUACGAGUUGGGUUCACUGCCACCAUUCAUGCUAGUUUUUGCAGGCGAUAUAGUGCCAGUUGAUCAUCGGUGGAAUCAACAUGGGCUUGGUGGGGAUAAUUUCAAAGGACUUUGUAGAGAUUUGCAUCCUGGUCCUGCUAGUCUUUUACAUUGGAGUGGUAAAGGGAAGCCAUGGGCUAGACUUGACGCGAAUCGGCCAUGUCCUUUGGAUGCUCUUUGGGCACCUUAUGAUCUCUUGCAGACUCCAUUUGCCUUGGAUUGUUGAAAAGAUCAUUGAAAGAACGUGAAUCACUACCGUGUUUCAUCAAUUAUGCUCUCAUGGAUUCGAAGAUGUUAGUGCCAGGAGAGAUCUUGAAGAGUUUUAAGAGACAAAAAUCUGAGCAUGUCUCUGACAAAAGGCCAUGUUACUGUGAAUUCAAGAGUGAUUUAGGUAUGUUCUUGUAGAAAUUAUACAGAGGUCUAUACAUUAAACAGAACAGACGUCUCAAUUGUGCAGUAAGAAUAAGGAGGAUAUGCAUCCAGAUUUGCACCCAAAAAAAAAACAGAGAAGGAUUCAUGAAUGUCCCCUCUCGGAUUUGUGAUUAACUGUAAUCAAAUUGUAUAGUGAAAGAGCUGUUUUGGUUGGUUUCAUUAAUCAAUAUUCUGUUUAAUAA